UUGGGUGCCUCCUUACCCUAGAGCCGUUCUUGUCUCCAUGGAGCAUGAAGCUCCUAAACCGGAUUGUAUAUUACAAAUAGAGGACAUUGGUUGCUGCGAUGUCUGUGUCAAAAAAGUGAGGAAAAGAAUUCUUCGACUGGAAGGUGUCUAUUCAGUUGAGAUCGAUAGGGAAAGAAGAUGGGCAAAAAUAGCAGGCAAUAUAGAGCAAGUCAUGGACUACUUUACUCGAAGAUCACGAAAACUUGCAAAUGUAAAAGUCAUAUUCUAUUGUUCAAAGGAGGCAAAAACUGAUCAUAAAUAUCAUGGCAAGAAUUAUCAAAAUACUCCAAUGGAGAAUCAGAGGGAAAGCCAUGUCAAAAAUCAAGCCGAGAACAACUUGCCCAAGGAAACUCAAAACCCUAACGAAUAUCAUUGUCACCAGAAGAAUAUUCCUAGUGACAAUUGUCCAAUGCAGAAUAAUACCGAUAAUACUCGACAAAGGAAUUACAAAAGAGAAGGUGAAAAUUACAAUCAAGAUUCUUCUACUCAUACAACUGGUGAUCAUUACGCUCCACAUGAUCAUUAUGCACCACGUAAAGAUUGGGUCCAUAGAGUUGAAAAUUACGUACCACCGCCACCUAAAGAAGAUCAAUAUCGAUCUGUACGUGUUGAUGAUCGUGAAUGCAGGUGUGAAUUUCAUGCUUGGAAGAGACAAGGAAGUAGUAAUAGUAGUGGCAGUGGUCGUUUUGUUUUUGAUCAUAGAGUACCAAGGGCCGACAUGCGUUCCGCCAGUGCGCGGUGGUUCAGGGAGGAGCCGCCUCCUUUUUAUGGAUACCAUGAGCCUUUUAUGCCGCUACCUCGGCCGCCGCCGGGACUAUUUGCUUAUAGAUGAUUAACGUUGACACAACCUCGAAAAAUUGAAGAAACUGCAGCUAGAAACUAACGAAUCACGCAUAACAAUCCCUACUCCACUACAACACGAAGUAAGGAAAACAAUUGCAUCUAUAUUGCAAGUUGUGGCAACGCUAGGCAUACUGAAAUUAUGUGUUUGCGUUUUGCUCUCGUUUGGUUGCACAUUUUGAUAGCCCAAGUAUAGUCGAAUGUGAUGACAAAGAAAUUAUUCUUUCUUGUAACUCCUCGAGUGAAAA